AUGCCCGGUUCUCGAUACGAAGAUCCUGAAACCCCCGGUUUAUCACACAUUGUAGACCGUUUAGCAUGGAGGUCCACGGAAAAGUACACUGGUGUCGAGAUGAUAGAGAAUUUGACCAAGUUAGGUGGCAAUUUUAUGUGUUCCGCUCAAAGAGAAUCGAUGAUAUACCAAGCAUCGGUGUUUAAUAAAGACCUCGAUAAGAUGUUUGACUGCAUUUCCCAGACGAUUAGGGCCCCAAAGAUGACGGACCAGGAGGUGAUCGAAACCCUUCAAACUGCAGACUACGAAUCGAAUGAAAUCUCCCACAAAUACGAUAUGUUUCUUCCAGAAGUGUUGCAUGCAGCUGCUUAUUCAAAUAACACUCUUGGUCUCCCACUCUACUGCCCCCCAGAUAGAAUUUCAGAGAUAGGGAGGGACGAGGUGGUUGGAUACCAUCGUAAGUUUUUCCAGCCUCAAAAUACUGUCAUCGCCAUGGUUGGGGUGGACCACAAUCAUGCUGUUAAUUUAGUACAAUCUCAACUAGGUGACUGGAAACGAGCCACAAACGAAACUCCAGAGUUGGGAACCGUUAAUUAUACCGGCGGAGAGCUCUCGCUUCCAUAUGAACCACCUAUGGCUUCCAACUUGCCAGAACUCUACCAUAUGCAAAUUGCUUUUGAGACCACAGGACUCUUGAAUGAUGACCUAUAUGCUCUCGCUACUUUACAGAAGCUUCUAGGUGGUGGUUCUUCGUUCUCAGCCGGUGGUCCCGGAAAGGGAAUGUUCUCUAGAUUGUACACUCGUGUACUCAACCAAUAUGCAUUCGUCGAAAACUGUUCAUGUUUCAACCAUUCCUACAUCGACUCAGGACUCUUUGGUGUGACUAUAUCUUGCGCCCCAAAUGCUGCUCAUGUCAUGUCCCAAAUCAUAUGCUUCGAACUUUCCAAAUUGUUAGAAAAAGACACCGCUCAAGGUGGCCUUACUGAAAAGGAAGUGAAGAGAGCCAAGAACCAACUCAUCAGCUCGCUUCUUAUGAAUGUAGAAAGCAAGCUCGCUGCUUUAGAGGAUUUGGGAAGACAAAUACAAUGUCAAAACAAGUUGACAAGUGUGGACGAAAUGAUUGCAAAAAUUGAAAAGUUGACUGUCGAAGAUCUUCGUCGCACAGCAGAAAAGGUGCUUACGGGAAAUGUUGUAACUAAAGGAGUAAGCUCAGGAUUACCAUCGGUGGUGAUGCAAGGUGAUAGAUCUGCCUUUGGGGAUGUCGAGUUUAUUUUGCGUCACUUUGGCUUGGGUAAAUACAGCUCACCUCCCCUCGAGGAGCCUAGAGAAAUCUCCGACUCCGGAAAACCAAAGCGCUUUGGAAGGUGGUUCUGA